UCCAUCUCGCUUCGCCUCUUCCUCUCUGAUGUACUGACCACGUGACGUGCCUGUCAAAACGCGAGUCAGUAAGGAGCUAGCCACUGAGUGUUAGCAGAUAUAUAUGUUUUGUAUCUCUUGUGUUCGCUUAUUGACUAGCAGAACAUUUUGUAGGAGAAAUAUUUAGUUACUUCUUUCAGAUUUAUGUGUCAAUUAAGUUGUAUUAAGUGGUCGGUCAAGACCAACAUGGGAUGAUACGGAAUUUUGCUAACGCGUUAUCAUUUUUGUGUCCUCUCGCUAACAUAGCAAGUUAGUUAGCUAAUCAAUUUGCUUGCUAUUUGUUUGGAUGUCAUGGCUUCGACGAAUGACAGAGGAAUUCUCUUAAGGUUACCUCCACGGAUUAAAGACACUAUUUGAUCGGCGGGUUGGACUUGACAUUUCAGACGUACCUUUUUCUAACGUUUCCCAAAAGUGUUUUGUUAUUGUCACUAACGGUACAGUACUGUGGCUGACCUAACGAGUUAGUGCAUAGCUAGUUAAAACCAAACAACAGUUAUCUUCAACUGGUUUGAUAAUUUAUCGGGAACUCAACUAGGUAACUACCAAGACUCCACAAUGCAUGACGCGUACGAAACGGUCCCUAUCCUGGAGAAACUGCCUCUUCAGAUUGACUGUCUUGCGGCUUGGGAGGAAUGGCUUCUGGUAGGGACUAAACCAGGCCAUCUCCUGCUCUACAAGAUUAAAAAGGAUGCAGGUAGCAACCGGUUUGAGGUGACUCUGGAGAAGUCCAACAAGAACUUCUCCAAGAAGAUCCAGCAGCUGUUUGUCGUGUCUCAGUACAAGGUCCUCAUCAGUCUGUUAGAGAACAACAUCCAUGUACAUGACCUUUUGACCUUCCAGCAGAUUACUGUGGUCUCCAAGGCCAAAGGGGCAACGCUCUUCGCCUGUGACCUGCAGCAGUCCCCCUCGGGAGAAGCCCAGCUGAGGAUGUGUGUUGCUGUGAAGAAGAAGCUUCAGCUGUACUACUGGAAGGACAGAGAGUUCUACGAGCUGCAGGGGGACUUUUCUGCUCCGGACAUCCCGAAGUCUAUGGCCUGGUGUCAAAACUCCAUCUGUGUCGGGUUCAAGAGGGACUACUACCUCAUCCGGGUGGAUGGGCGUGGUUCCAUCAAGGAGCUCUUCCCCACGGGGAAGCAGCUGGAGCCCCUGGUGGUCCCUCUGGCUGAUGGGAAGGUGGCGGUGGGCCAGGAUGACCUCACGGUGGUGCUCAACGAGGAGGGGGUCUGCACUCAGAAGUGUGCUCUCAACUGGACCGACAUCCCCAUCGCAAUGGAACAUCAGUCCCCCUACAUCAUAGCUGUCCUGCCCCGCUAUGUGGAGAUCAGGACCUUUGAACCCAGACUGCUGAUCCAGAGUGUGGAGCUGCAGAGACCACGAUUCAUCACAUCAGCUGGGCCCAAUAUAGUGUACGUUGCCAGCAACCAUUUUGUGUGGCGCCUGGUACCUGUGUCCAUCGCCAGCCAGAUCAAACAGUUACUACAGGACAAGCAGUUUGAACUGGCCCUGCAACUGGCCAAUAUGAAGGACGAUGUGGAAGGAGACAAGAGACAGCAGAUUCAUCACAUCCAGAAUCUCUAUGCCUUCAAUCUGUUCUGUCAGAAGAGGUUCGAUGACUCCAUGCAGGUGUUCGCUAAGCUCGGCACAGAUCCCACCCAUGUGAUUGGUCUGUAUCCCGACCUGCUCCCCGCUGACUACCGUAAACAGCUGCACUACCCCAACCCUCUGCCCAGUCUGUCUGGAGCAGAGCUGGAGAAGGCUCACCUCGCGCUCAUAGACUACCUGACACAGAAACGCAGUCACCUGGUGAAGCAGCUGAAUGACUCGAACCCGUCCACGCCGUCUCCCCUCAUGGAAGGAAUUCCCACCAUCAAGAGCAGGAAGAAACUCCUGCAGAUCAUCGACACAUCGCUGCUCAAAUGCUACCUGCAUACCAACGUGGCCCUGGUGUCCCCUCUGUUGCGUCUGGAUAAUAAUCACUGUCACAUUGAGGAGAGUGAGUACAUCCUGAAGAAGGCCCACAAGUACAGCGAGCUCAUCAUCCUCUAUGAGAAGAAGGGCCUGCAUCAGAAAGCCCUUCAGGUGUUGUUGGAUCAGUCCACCAAAGCUAACUCUCCUCUAAAGGGACAUGAGAGGACGGUGCAGUACCUCCAGAGACUGGGGAUGGAGAAUCUGGUCAUUAUCUUUGAGUUCUCUCCCUGGGUUCUGAAGAUCUGUCCUGAGGACGGACUCAAGAUCUUUACUGAAGACCUGACGGAGGUCGAGACCCUUCCCAGAGACAAGGUCCUGAACUUCCUGAGGGAGGGGUUUAAGGAGCUGGCUGUCCCCUACCUGGAACACAUCAUACACGUCUGGGAGGACACGGGACCUGAGUUCCAUAACAUCCUCAUUCAGCUGUACCUGGAGAGGGUCCAGGGGCUCAUGAAGCAGUACCUCAACUCCCUGCCCGAGGGGGUUCCUGCAGUGGCUGCUGGGAAGGAAGAGGGGGACCUGGGAGAGUUUAGGAACAAGCUUCUGUGUUUCCUGCAGGUCUCUACCAGCUACGAGCCUGGACGACUUAUCAGCGACUUCCCCUUUGAUGGUCUUCUGGAGGAGCGGGCCCUGCUGCUGGGUCGGAUGGGGAAACAUGAACAGGCCCUCUUCAUCUACGUACACGUCCUGAAGGACACACACAUGGCAGAGGAGUACUGUCAUAGGCAUUAUGACAAAGGGACGGACAGAAACCAAGAUGUGUACCUGUCUCUACUGCGCAUGUACCUGUCCCCUCCUGACGUCCACUGCCUUGGGCCAAUCAAAAUGGAGCUGUUGGAGCCACAGGCCAAUCUAAUGGCAGCUCUACAUGUCCUGGAGCUGCAUCACAGCAAGCUGAAUACCACUAAGGCCAUCGACCUGCUGCCAGCCAACACUCAGAUCAGAGAGAUCCGUGUGUUCCUAGAGAGUGUUCUGGAGGAGAAGGCUCAGAGGAAACGCUUUGACCAGGUCCUCAAGAGUCUGCUGCAGGCCGAGUUCCUACGGGUCCAGGAGGAACGUAUCUUCCACCAACAGGUGAAGUGUAUCAUCACAGAGGAAAAGACCUGCAGGGUCUGUAAGAAGAAGAUAGGAAACAGCGCCUUCGCCAGGUAUUCCAACGGUGUUGUAGUUCAUUACUUCUGCUGUAAGGACCGAGGAGUGUGUCCUACGGAGCAGUGACGCAGCUAUCGCCCCCGUCUGGACGCAAAGCACUCUGGGAUACUAACAGAGCAGACCGCCGUGUACUAAAAUUACAGAAUUGUUCCCUCUUGUGGACUACAUGUUCCUAGCAGCACCCCGGGAAGGCUGGUUUGAAACGACAUCACAGCAGCUGGGAUGUUCAGGAGGAGAGGACUCCAUCUCUGGAACUCUAGCGGCUUCUCUCUGGAACUCUAGCGGCUUCUCUCUGGAACUCUAGCGGCUUCUCUCUGGAACUCUAGCGGCUUCUCUCUGGAACUCUAGCGGCUUCUCUCUGGAACUCUAGCGGCUUCUCUCUGGAACUCUAGCGGCUUCUCUCUGGAACUCUAGCGGCUUCUCUCUGGAACUCUAGCGGCUUCUCUCUGGAACUCUAGCGGCUUCUCUCUGGAACUCUAGCGGCUUCUCUCUGGAACUCUAGCGGCUUCUCUCUGGAACUCUAGCGGCUUCUCUCUGGAACUCUAGCGGCUUCUCUCUGGAACUCUAGCGGCUUCUCUCUGGAACUCUAGCGGCUUCUCUCUGGAACUCUAGCGGCUUCUCUCUGGAACUCUAGCGGCUUCUCUCUGGAACUCUAGCGGCUUCUCUCUGGAACUCUGGAACUGCUACCAGUUACCUAUUCUGCCCCACAACCCCUGCUACCGGCUACCUAUUCUGCCCCACAAACCCAGCUACCGGCUACCUAUUCUGCCCCACAACCCCUGCUACCGGCUACCUAUUCUGCCCCACAAUCCCAGCUACCGGCUACCUAUUCUGCCCCACAAACCCAGCUACCUGCUAAACUACAGUACCACUCUCUCUCUCUCAUCCUCAGACUCUACUCAGUACGCUACAGAGACUACAUAGACUAACUCUUCUUCUCUGAUGCCUUGUGUGACUUUUAAGAAUGUACUUAAAAGCAGCCAUUUUCUUUUCAGUUAGAGUGUGUUUCUGAGGGAAUGGUUUUCAGUUAGCGUGUGUUUCUGAGGGAAUUGUUUUCAGUUAGCGUGUGUUUCUGAGGGAAUGGUUUUCAUGUUUUCAGUUAGCGUGUGUUUCUGAGGGAAUGGUUUUCAGUUAGCGUGUGUUUCUGAGGGAAUGGUUUUCAGUUAGCGUGUGUUUCUGAGGGAAUGGUUUUCAGUUAGCGUGUGUUUCUGAGGGAAUGGUUUUCAGUUAGCGUGUGUUUCUGAGGGAAUGGUUUUCAGUUAGCGUGUGUUUCUGAGGGAAUUGUUUUCAGUUAGCGUGUGUUUCUGAGGGAAUGGUUUUCAGUUAGCGUGUGUUUCUGAGGGAAUGGUUUUCAGUUAGCGUGUGUUUCUGAGGGAAUGGUUAAAAAAACAGACUUCAGAUUCAAACGUAACGACUCCAUUUCUAGCAUGAUCCAUGUGCACAAACACAUUUUUUUUUUUUUUUAGAUCCGCUGCACCAAUAUAACCUCCUUCUGAAAGCUCUUGAGACUGACCUGUAUUUGGAAGUAGAUCCACACUUUCAAAAUGUGUGUCCUUUAUUGAUUGAUACAAUAUUCAUUUUGGAAAAAACCCGAAAUAAAAUGUCAGCUGCUCAGCCCAUGUUUCCUUAUUCCGAAAGUAAUCAGUGAAAUGGUUCUGUCUUUAUGCUCAGCCCAUGUUUCCUUAUUCCAGAAGUAAUGGGGGAAAUGGUUCUGUCUUUAUCAUGUGUUUAGUCUCCUUAAGAUGUUUUGUACGUCAGAUUGGAAUGAAAGUUAAGAUGUGGUGUGAAUCCCAAAUGACACCCUAUUCCCUUUGUAGUGCACUACUUUAGACCAGAGCCCUAUUCCCUACAUAGUGCACUACUUUAGACCAGAGCCCUAUUCCCUUUCUAGUGCACUACUUUAGACCAGAGCCCUAUUCCCUAUAUAGUGCACUACUUUAGACCAGAGCCCUAUUCCCUUUCUAGUGCACUACUUUAGACCAGAGCCCUAUUCCCUAUAUAGUGCACUACUUUAGACCAGAGCCCUAUUCCCUUUAUAGUGCACUACUAUAUAGCCCUAUAGGGUUCUGGUGAAAAGUAGUGCACUAUAUAGAGAAUAGGGUGCCAUUUUGGGAUGCAUACUUUUAUAUAUGUCACAGUUGUAUCCUCGCAACAUUGUAAUUAAAUACGUGCAGCAUCAA